AGUUUUGGUUCAGCAACGAUUGAGCGACUUAUUGAAUUCAAAUAUGGCCGAUGCACAAGAAACCAUCAAGCAAUUUACGGGGAUCACUGGGUGCACAGAGGAUCAAGCCAAAUUCUUUUUGGAAGCCAAUGGAUGGGAUCUAGAGUCUGCCACGAGCAGCUACUUUGAAGAUUCCUCUGAACCGGGCACAUCCACCCGUCCAUCUGGACCCACCAGCGCAACACCGCACACUGAACCCGCACCACCUUCAUCAUCAUCAUCAUCAUCGUCUCGACCCACCCGCGACACACGCGUCAAAACGUUUCGAGACCUCAUGGAAGGACAAGCAGCAAGUGAUAGCGAAGAAGAGGAUCAAACUUUUUUUGCGGGUGGUGAAAAAUCGGGGUUGAUGAUGCAGGGUGGACCCAAGAGUGAUCAGCUUGUUAAAAAGAUUUUGGAUAAAGCUGCCAAAUCUGGACCAGCCCCUGAAGAAUUUAAAAAGAAUGAAAAAAAGACGUUUGUCGGCGCUGGAUACCGGUUGGGAUCCGAGGAUGAACCCGUUGGUCCAUCUACACCGGCCGUUCAACCCUCUGCGCGGACAGCACCCGAACCCGUUGAACGUCAUUUAACGUUUUGGCGAAACGGGUUUAGUAUUGAUGAUGGGCCGUUACGGGGGUACGAUGACCCCGAAUCUCAAGAAUUUUUACGAGCCAUUAAUAGCGGACGUGCACCCACCCACCUCCUCAAUGUCGCCUACGACCAACCCGUCGAAGUCAAAGUCACGCGAAACCUUGAACAAGAUUACAUCCCACCCCCCAAGAAACCCGUAGCAGCAUUUUCAGGAAGCGGACAACGAUUAGGUGGUGUGACGAGUACCCUCCCCGGGUCCUUCCCCCCAUCCCAAUCAAGUACAACAAACACGACGUUGGAAAUCAACCCAUCUCUCCCGACCACGACCCUCCAACUCCGUCUUCCAGAUGGUACACGUCUCCCCAUUCAAUUGAAUACGGUGCAUACACUUGGGGAUGUCCGGAGGGUUCUUGGGAGUCGACCUGAUGUCAGUGCGAGGCCUUUUGGGUUUUUUUCGAGUUUUCCGACAAAAGAGUUGAAAGAGGAUGUGUCUGUUGAGGAGGCGGGGGUUUUGGGGGCUGUUGUUGUUGUUAGGUGGAUUUAAGAAUUGUGGGUUUUGUUGAUGUACAUGUUGCAAAUAAUACAUAUAUUCUUUUGCAAACAAGAUGUCUG